GAAAAGUUCACGCACAACUUGGAGUGGCCCGUUGUCACAGAUAGUUCUGUAAACCACGUUACAUUGUCUGUUGUUCGUGAACUUUCUCUGUUUUGCCGUCUUUAAAGUAGUGUAACUUUCAUGGAAAACUUGUCUAGGGACCAGAAAAGUUAUGCAAAAAAGAAUACUCUCGAUUCUCUUUUGGAACAGGGAGAAUUGUUGGCUCGAAAGGGAAAACUCGAUCAGUCGUUCAGUGCUUAUUCAAAUGCUUUCCGUGUUGGAGUUGUACCAAAGGAACGUAUCGAAUCUUUGGUUACCGCACUGUUGGAAUUUCAAAGAAACAAACUAUGUAAAGAGAGGAAAGAAGGAAAAGGUUCUCCAGUGGUAAACAGCAGCGGAAAUAUUUUAAUUUGCUCUCUUUGUCAGUGCCUUUUUCUGAAGCCAGUCACCCUCUCCUGCGGUCAUACAUUUUGUCAAAGUUGCCUCAUUGAGGAGCGUUCGUUCACCGGUCGAGUGGAGUGUACGAAAUGCGGAAAGUUUGAGUCGGAAGAUAUGAAACACUCAGUGAAUUUACUAAUCACGAACUCCAUUCAGAAAUGGUUUCCCUCGGAGUUUCAGAAUCAAGUGGAUAAACUUGUCGGACAUAAACAUCUCUCUGAGAACGACGCGAAAUCAGCUGUUGAUUGUUUUUCCAAGAUCCUGUCGGUAUCUGCUAAUGAUUUUCACUGUUUGUGCUGGCGUUCUGAUGCACUUCUCCAAACUGAACAAUUUGAGUUGGCGCUUCAAGACAUCGAGCAAGCAUGUAAACUUCGCCCUACUUCAGCAAGAACUGUCUACAGGAAAGCUGCUGUGUUAGCGAACUGUGCUAAACACGAAGGAGUUCUUUCAUCCAAGCACGAAGAGAGUGUGUUAGCUUUGUUGCGCUGCUCUGCUCUAGCGCCUGGAUGCGAGCGAUACCGUCGGGAGUUCACAGAGAGCUUGCAUCAAUUGUUGAGCCCAAAAUUCACAAACUCGAAUAGGACUUUGCUGGUACUCAGAGCUGCGGGUACUAAACUUGUUGCGACACCGCAGGAAAAAGCACUCAAUGGAAGUGUAGGGAAGCACUUCAAUACCCUUGCCCAUGGUGGUGAAAGAUCAUUUAGUGGAGAAGUUAAUAGUAAAAAUAACUCUGGCGAAAAUACUUGUUCAAAACGUUCGAGCAGUCAGUCUGGAAGUAUGUUCAAACGGAGAAGGCAAAGAUCUCGGUCCUUUUCAAACAGCGAGGAAGCUCCCAGUAACUUCGAAAGACAACAAAACAAAAAAUCUAAGGGCGAAAACUGUACAGCAGGAGUAACAUACGAGGAUAAAUUGAAAGAUUUAGAUGACUUUGAAUGCAAACUUUGCUUUAAUUUGUUAUUUCAACCGAUAACUACAAUAUGUGGACACACUUUUUGUCGAGAAUGUCUGGAGCGAUGCCUGGACCAUCGCGUCGAAUGUCCAUGUUGUCGGACGGUUCUUGAUCAAUACGACCGAGGAGUACCAAACAUGGAAGUCACUGAAGUACUGGAGUUGAUUUUGGUCAACUAUUUCACGGCAUAUUAUAACGAAAGGAAGAGAAAUUAUCAAGAAAGCAUCGAGAAACUCGCGAGUGUGGGAAAAGAUGGCCAUGCUCAAGUCCCUAUUUUUGUCUGCACCCUAGCUGUUCCAAAAGUUCCAUGUCCUUUGCACAUAUUUGAGCCACGGUAUCGCCUGAUGUUACGGCGUUGUGUCAGUUCAGGCUCAAAGCAAUUUGGCAUGUGUGUCCCAAGUGAUGACUCAAACAAGAAUUUUGCAGAUUAUGGUACUAUGCUCAAUAUCAAGUCAGUGAAUUUUCUUCCUGAUGGUCGUUCAAUUGUGGAUACAGAAGGGGGAGAGCGUUUCCAUGUUGUGUCAAGGGGUAUGUUGGAUGGUUACCAUACAGCAACUGUUGAAUGGCUAAAGGAUGAACAGGUUGAGGAUGCAGAUGAGAUCAGACAACUCCACGAACUAAACAGAACUGGCCACAACACAUUACAGACUUGGUUCAGUCAAAUGACAUCCAGGCAGCAACAGUGCAUCAUGAAUGCUAUUGGACCCAUCCCAGCCUUAAGAGAGGAUAUUCAGCUGUGCAACAAUGGACCAGAUUGGAUGUGGUGGGUACUUGCGGCACUACCACUUCAGGAUAAACCCAAACUUAUUAUUUUAGGGAUGACUUCUAUACUUGAACGGCUUAAUAGCAUAAUUCGUUUUCUCCAGUUGAUGCUUUCUCUACAGAAAAAGUCAAUGGAGACAGAGUCUCCAGGGUCUUGAAAAAUAAUUUAUAUAUAUGACCAAUUUUUAUGGUAUGAAUUUUUCACAUCAGAAUUUGUUGUAUUUUCUCAGUGGUGAACUUCUGAAAUAGUAAUUUAUUUAUGUAUUGAAACUCAACUUAGUAUGUUCAAUAUUUAUAAAAAAAGUUGAGUUAUCUGUCUCUAAGGCUUUGGAAAAAGUAUAAUUUUGGCAUUAUCAGAACGGUUCACCACAUUUGCCUCUUUUUUAUUUUGGUUUUUAAUUUUUUUUCCUAUUUUGAAUCCACACUUGACUAUUAUUUCUCAACUUAUAUUACUGGUCUUUGAUGUUACAGUCAGAGUCCUCAGCUCUUUUAAUCUGGUUGCAUGGAUGGGCUUUGGUCUAACUGGUUAAUUUAUAACUUCUCUUUGUAAUGUAAAAAUAUAACUCAUCUAGAAAGUGGUGAUGAGAAUAGUUGGGUUUAUCAGCCAUAGGUUAUUUUUCAUUGAUAUUGCCAAUUCUCCUAACUUUAAGUUAUACGCAAGAGUUGACAGCAAGAAGAGAGAAUUAGAAUUCAGACAGAGUCAGUUGAAGGAUCAACACCACACAUCUUAAAAUUUUUAUCUUUACUUAUGAACCCCACUUGGUUAUGAGCUCUACUGUGGAGUCUGUCCAAAAGACUAUUUUUGUGUAGAAAUAGCAAUGACACGUGACUGUGUUUUCAUUAAUAUGAAGCAUUGACUGUCAGUUUGAAAGGAUUUGUGUUGUUAUGUUGACAUGGACUUGGUUGGGUUGCCAUUGUAAAUCAUUAUUUAUUUAUAUUAUUAGACAGUGGAACCCAUUAAGUUCAUUAAAGUGUGGGUCAUCACUAAACUGUAAACUGUUAUCAGGGCUCAGAAAAUAUUGUAGAGAACAUGUGCAGCUAAAUUUGAUGACUACAUUGAUGUAAAAGAAAAAGUAAAAUUGUUGCAUGAAGGGUAGUUCGCUGUGGCUUUUUAUCUUACAUUCCACA